ACUGGGGAAAAAAGAAAGAAGCGAUAAUAAGAAAGUAUCGAAAAUGAAAGUAUAAAAAAAAAAAUCAGUGUUCCUUAAAGCAAGCUAAGUUUUCUGCUGUAGCAUUUGACAACACGAUAUAAAAAGGGUAGCAUUUGAAAGCUAAAUGAAAACAGGAACAAAAGAACAGUGAAUGUCCAGUACCAGUAUAAAUUAAUAUGUAAAACAUGGGUGUGUAUACGUGUUUGCGUCCUACACAUAUAUGGUGCUAGUUUUGAGGACCUUUCUGCUUACACGUGCAUCACGGUAUCGGAAUCCCUCCACUGAGCACAUGUGCAGAUGCUGGCUAUCUUAAAUGUGUGUUUCUAGACCGCCAACUAUUAACCUGUAUGAAGGCUUGAUUGGUAAUAUCAUGGUUUGGUAGUUGUUAGCAUGACGUCCAGCUAGCUGCCUGGGAAGGUAGAACAUUCGAAGCUGCCGGUGUGUUGACAAUAAAUAGAUUGCUAGCUAGGUUAACACGACUUAAUGGAAAGACAUAAAAUAAGCCUGUGAUGGGAUUUAAUUAACAAUCAUACUUUGCUGCACGGUAAGGCAUUUGCCAGAUUAUAAUGUGUACUCUUAGCUGUCAUUUUUAUAGUAUGAUCACGUUUUCUUUGGCUAGUUAGCUUGGCUAGCUAAUGCUAUGUAACUAAACCAGUAUUAAGAUGGCUAUCGUUGGGGUUUUUCUCACAACAUCUAACUGAAUAGUCUGGACAGGUGUUUUGCUUUGAUCAAAGCUAAUAUUUUAAUUGGGGUCAGUUUAGUAGUGUCCUGUUAGACUAGUUUUUGUGGUGUCUCCAAAGUUUAGCUGUCUUAGCGUUCUUAGCUGGAAUGUGCGAAGGCACAUUGCCUCUUGGCUGUGCCGACUAGGUACUUACUGUGCCGAUUAGUUGAUUGAUUUUUUUUUUUUAAAGCCCCUUCCUUUAAUCAGUAAAUUAUGAACCGUUAUUCCAAUCCCAAACUAACUGAUUGGUUAACCUAGUUCUAAGUCACUAACAGUGUUUAAACGUCCGACUUGCAUUUGGUAUUUUGCAGCAGCUUCACAGCCAUCUAGCUAGUUACUAUGUAGAGCAUUAUCGUGUCCUGGUAUACUAGUCUGUUUGUCAUGGUGUGUAACCAUGUUUGAGUUUAACAUCUAACGUUAGCUAUAUUUGAAGCAGUGACGUGAACGUAUGGCCGAGUAAAUAUAAUUGUUCCUCAGGGGGAGAAGCCUGAGGCUGGGGCCGGGCACUCCAAGCAGGAACCAUGCAGCAGAAGAGGAACAUUCAGAUCAUAGAGUGGGAGGACUUGGACAAGCGAAAGUUCUACUCCUUUGGAGUAUUCAUGACCAUGACCAUCCGUGCUACUGUUUACCCAGCCAUGCUCAUCCGUACCAGGCUCCAGGUGCAGAAGGGGAAAUCCCUCUAUACGGGAACCUACGACGCCUUUCGAAAAAUCCUGCGAGCUGAGGGCAUUAGGGGACUUUACAGGGGUUUUGUGGUCAAUACAUUUACCCUCAUAUCUGGACAGGCGUACAUCACCACUUACGAGCUGGUGAGGAAGUACGUGUCCAGCUAUUCCAAGGACAAUACACUAAAAUCACUGGUGGCAGGGGGAUCAGCGUCGCUAGUAGCCCAGAGUAUCACCGUCCCAAUAGACGUGAUCUCCCAGCAGCUUAUGAUGCAGGGCCAAGGAGAACAUCUGACUCGCUUUAAAGUCAAACCCAAAGCAUCAGCAGCAGCAAAGCACACAGUCACUUUCGGUCAGACCAGAAACAUUAUAGCUCAGAUAUUUGCAGCCGAUGGGUUCCGCGGAUUUUAUCGAGGUUAUGUGGCAUCUCUCCUCACAUACAUACCUAACAGUGCAGUCUGGUGGCCUUUUUACCACUUUUAUGCAGAACAGUUAUCCAAGAUGGCACCAAGUGACUGUCCACAUUUAGUGCUUCAAGCCAUGGCUGGACCACUUGCUGCUGCCACUGCUUCCACUGUCACCAACCCCAUGGAUGUAGUCAGAGCCCGGGUUCAGGUUGAAGGCAGGACUUCAGUGAUUGAGACUUUCAAGCAGCUGCUCAGUGAAGAAGGGUUCUGGGGGAUGACCAAGGGCCUCUCCGCCCGCAUCAUAUCCUCCACCCCCACAGCAAUAGUCAUGGUUGUUGGCUACGAAACCCUGAAAAAACUGAGCCUUCGGCCAGAGCUCGUCGAUUCCAGGCACUGGUAGAAGCUCUGUUAUGUCUCAGCCAUCUCCUCCGUGACUCCACUACUGAACAUCAUCCAGCCUAGAUUUUGCCAUUUAACCUUGCAGCAUUUCAGUGUGUUGGGAGCAAGUUACAUUUGGUAUAUUUUAUAUUAUGGCUUAACAUGACAUGACAUUAAUUGAAUGUUGUAUUGAUUGUAAGUGGGGAAACCCUGCUCAGGAAGCCUGCAUGCUUGAAUGCUUUUCGGCAAGGCAUUUGAUCGGAAAGAGGGAAAUUUUUAUUGUGUGUUUUAAUUUAUUCUUUCUUACAAUCUAGGGCAUAUCUUUUUUUCCCCCCAAGUAAUCAACGAGAUGUAUUCUGAAUGUGGGAGAAGUUAUAAACAGAAUGUUUAUUUUAGUGUUUUUACAAAUAGCACCUGUCUGCCACUUUGUGUUUUGUAGUGCACUGGAUCAUGUGCUCCCUGUAAUCUCUUUAUAAUUGUCAUAUGUAAUUAUGUAAAUCAUUUCAUGUGCCAGUCAUUUCAUAUAAACCUCAUACUGUUCUCUUGGGCUCUGAUGGGAGUAAAGGUGCUUAAUCACA